CGCAUACUCUGUUUCCUCUUCCUUCCUGUCUGACGUUCCUCUGCAGUCGCAGCGUUCUGUAGUUUCUGUGUCAAGCUACACAACACAAAAAUGGCGUUCACAUUCGCGGCCUUUUGUUACAUGCUUGCUCUAUUGCUUACGGCCGCUCUUAUUUUCUUCGCCAUUUGGCACAUAAUUGCAUUUGAUGAACUGAAGACUGAUUACAAGAAUCCCAUUGAUCAAUGUAACACAUUGAAUCCGACAGUUGAAAAGGUCAAAAAGAUUAAAAGAGUCAAAAUUGCGUUGAAGCUUGUGCUCCCGGAGUAUCUCAUCCAUGUGUUCUUCUGUGUGAUGUUCCUGUGUGCUGCUGAGUGGCUCACCCUAGGCCUCAACAUGCCACUGCUGGCCUACCACGUCUGGAGGUAUAUGAGCAGGCCGGUGAUGAGUGGUCCAGGCCUCUAUGAUCCAACUACGAUCAUGAACGCUGACAUCCUGGCCUUCUGUCAAAAGGAGGGCUGGUGCAAACUGGCCUUCUACCUCCUCUCCUUCUUCUACUAUCUCUAUGGGAUGAUCUACGUGUUGGUGAGCUCUUAAGAGUGGUCAGAGGAAUGAUCUGCAUGUACGAGAUGAAACGCUGUGGUUUCAGUGGAGAAGCUGAAACCGGGACCUGCAGGAAGACUGAUUAUUUACCACAGAGUGAUACAAGAUGUCUGCCGUUUCAACAGGAUGGACUAACCUAACCUCCCCUACCCAGAGCAGACAUUACUAAACAAACAACAUUUCUCCCUUUUUUUAUUUUUAUCUUCAAAUUGGGUCACAGCUUUCCUCUCGUUCAUAGUUUUAGUCAGUCCACUGAAUGCUUUCUGAGAGGAAGACUAACAACGACAGACAUUUGGACCCCCCCCCCCCCCAUUAGGUGGUUAUCUGAUGCUUUAAAAUUGAUUUCAAAUAGUUUUUUUUGACCCCCCCCCCCCCUCCCUACUUUUGACUGUUUACAAAUGAGAAGAGAUUCUGUUGUGAUCAACACCGUCAGUUAUAUUCAGAGCUGUGUUGCUUAUUAUCUAAUAAAUACUGUAUUAAGGAUGUGAAUUAUAUGCCAAGCUUGUGAACAUUUUAUUUUGUGUUGGGGUUGUCAUAAUUACAUGCUUAUUCGAUUGUAGAAUAUUGAAAAUACUUUUCUUGCCCAGACACAUUUGAAAACUAGAACUCGCCUAAAUAGGUGAAUAAAGGGUUGAAUGAGUCUUAUCUUGAUCACCUGAAGGGAAAUGUGUUGCACAGACAGGGACAAUCAGUACGGUUGUCUUAUAUCAAACUAUUUGAUACAUUUAUUUUAGGUUUACUAUGCUUUCUGAAAACGUAUCAUUCUACUUUUGUGGCCCCUCGUUAUACAUACUUGCUUUUAAGGGGCGUUUUUGUUUGUAGACGCUAAUAGGCUAUUUUGAUGUGACGCUACAGCAAUCCCGAGUAGACAUUUCUGAAAUGUGUGAUCAUAAAAACGUUCCUACUGAGGCAUGUGUGUAACCAUUUGAACCUGCUAUGUACUCAAAAACAACCAAUUCCAUCAUGUACCUGUUUAGAUUUGACUUUACUGCAUUGGUUUAAAAAUGUAUAUUUCAAUUUUGGCUACCAAAAAAAAUAUCAAUUUUUAUUUAUUUGAGAAUGUGUCUUUUGCCAAGUUUCACACUCCUAUUACAUUGUGACAAUUUCAGGAUUUUUAAUCAGGUUGUCUUGAUUUGAUUUCCAUUUGCAGGAAUUUGACUACUUUCUAAAAAGAUAAAGAAUAUUUAUCCCAA